AUGUUGAAGGAGCCGCAGCCCUGCCCGAGGAAAAGCCACGGUUUCUGGGCUACCCCGCUGCUGCCUGGAGUGGCCGUCGAAGAGGACGACGAUUCCGCGGUGCUGCUAGCGAGGCCACUUGCCCAGAUGCUACAUAGCUUGGGGGUGAUCGACGCGGACUACCGCGGCCCAGUGGGCCUCGUGCUCUUCAACCACUCUGAGGCGGACUUCGCCAUGAAGCCCGGCGGCCACAUCACACAGAUGAUCCUCCAGGUGAUCGCGACGCUGAAGGUCGCCGAGGUGGAGGACCUCGACGCUACUGUCCGGGGGGAGGGAGGAUUCGGGUCCAUCGGCGUGUGA